AUGGAGUACUACAGAUCCCAGAGAAGGGCAGACACGAUGGAGAUGGGGGCUCAUGAGUUUAGAAACUCAAUGCCAGGAGCCAACAGCAGGGGCCACCAACAGAGCCACAACAGGCAGCAUCCUGCUCAGCCAAAAGCUCAAACUUUCCACCAAAGGAGGGAGGGAGCUUCUUUGCAGCACCAGUGGCCCAAACAGGAUGGACCCCAUCGCCCAUCGCAUCAAGGACGCCCACCCCAACGGCAGGUGGUUGCAGACCUCAAGAAUGAAGUACAGGGACUGAGCUUUCUUAUCAAACAGGAGAAGGAGCUGAACAAACCAGGGUCCGACAGAGAUAUGCUCAGCAAGGACAUCGUCCAGGAGUCGGAGGAAAGAUUGAAGAUAGAGCAUGAUGGGAGACUGGAGAGCAAAAAGGAGAUCAGGAUUCUCAAAGAUGAACUUAAGCACAUGAAUUCCUCAUUUUCAAUACAACAGGACAUGUCAAAUUACUCCACCAAAACCAAGGAGGAGCUCAUAGGUGUUAUUGCAGCACUUAACCAAAAGCUCCAGGACACAGCCUCAAGUGACCCAAAGCUGGACCAAGACCUUAGAGCUGAAAAAGAAGCCUUGGUGAAAAAGCUUAACGACAUGCAGCAAGAAACCUUUAGCAGAGACAUUAAAACUGCUAACCAGACUCGGGCCUUGAAGAACCAGCUGGAGGAAAUGACGAGUAGAUGUCAUAAGCUGUCCUUCAAACUGACUGCAAAGGAGGAGGAAAAUCAGAACCUACAGAAGAAGGUGCAGGACCUCCAGAAGGAAAUGGAAGAAGUCACACAUCAGCAUCUGGAGAUAGUCGCGAGUAAGGUGAUGCUGGUUGACCACCUGACUGAAGAGAAUAAAUCCCUGGAGCAUGAGAUGGAGGCCAUGAAGAAAGAGGUCUUCAAUAAUGAAAUGUUGAAAGCAGAGCAGCUGGAGAGUUUGAAGAGCAGCUGUCUUGAGCUGUCCUCCAAACUUACAGCUCAAGAGGAGACCAAUCAGGCACUGCAGAACAUUGUAGAGGACCUCCAAAUGCAAGAGGAGGACCAAAGGAUGAGGGCUGUUUGCCUUGAAAAAGAACUGGAGGACACCAGGUUUCUUCUUGUGGAUACAGCAAAAAAGGGUCUGUUGAAAAUUGAGGGUCUCAAAGAGGAGAAAUCAUCCCUGAAGCAGGACAUGAAGGCCAUGCAGAAAGAGGCCAUGCUUAAAGGAAAGCAGUUACAGGGCUUACAGAAUCAGCUGCAAGAACAGACCAGCAGGUGUCUUGGGCUGUCCUCCAACCUUACAGCACAGGAGGAAACAAACCAGACACUGCAGGAGAAGGUGGAGGACCUCAAAUUACAAGAGGAGCACCAAAGGAUGAGGGCUGUUUGCCUUGAAAAAGAACUGGAGGACACCAGGUUUCUUCUUGUGGAUACAGCAAAAAAGGGUCUGUUGAAAAUUGAGGGUCUCAAAGAGGAGAAAUCAUCCCUGAAGCAGGACAUGAAGGCCAUGCAGAAGGAGGCCAUGCUUAAAGGAAAGCAGUUACAGGGCUUACAGAAUCAGCUGCAAGAACAGACCAGCAGGUGUCUUGGGCUGUCCUCCAACCUUACAGCACAGGAGGAAACAAACCAGACACUGCAGGAGAAGGUGGAGGACCUCAAAUUACAAGAGGAGCACCAAAGUUUGAGGGCUGAUGGCCUUGAGAAUGAACUGGAGGUGGUCAGGCUUCAGCAUGUGGAGUCAGCCAACAAAGAUCUGUUGUUCUCACAGGCUCUCACAGAGGAGAAAUCAUCCCUGGAGCAGGACAUGAAGGCCAUGCAGAUAGAGGCCAUGCUUAAAGGAAAGCAGUUACAGGGCUUACAGAACCAGCUGCAAGAACAGACCAGCAGGUGUCUUGAGCUUUCCUCCAUCAUUACUGCACAGAGGGAAAUAACCCAGACGCUGCAGGAGAAGGUGGAGGACCUCAAAUUACAAGAGGAGCACCAAAGGUUGAGGGCUGAUGGCCUUGAGAAUGAACUGGAGGUGGUCAGGCUUCAGCAUGUGGAGUCAGCCAACAAAGAUCUGUUGUUCUCACAGGCUCUUACAGAGGAGAAAUCAUCCCUGGAGCAGGACAUGAAGGCCAUGCAGAAAGACGCAAUGCUUAAAGGAAAGCAGUUACAGGGCUUACAGAACCAGCUGCAAGAACAGACCAGCAGGUGUCUUGAGCUUUCCUCCAUCAUUACUGCACAGAGGGAAAUAACCCAGACGCUGCAGGAGAAGGUGGAGGACCUCAAAUUACAAGAGGAGCACCAAAGGUUGAGGGCUGAUGACCUUGAGAAUGAACUGGAGGUGGUCAGGCUUCAGCAUGUGGAGUCAGCCAACAAAGAUCUGUUGUUCUCACAGGCUCUCACAGAGGAGAAAUCAUCCCUGGAGCAGGACAUGAAGGCCAUGCAGAAAGAGGCCAUGCUUAAAGGAAAGCAGUUACAGGGCUUACAGAACCAGCUGCAAGAACAGACCAGCAGGUGUCUUGAGCUUUCCUCCAUCAUUACAGCACAGAAGGAAACAACCCAGACACUGCAGGAGAAGGUGGAGGACCUCAAAUUACAAGAGGAGCACCAAAGGUUGAGGGCUGAUGGCCUUGAGAAUGAACUGGAGGUGGUCAGGCUUCAGCAUGUGGAGUCAGCCAACAAAGAUUUGCUGUUCUCACAGGCUCUCAAAGAGGAGAAAUCAUCCCUGGAGCAGGACAUGAAGGCCAUGCAGAUAGAGGCCAUGCUUAAAGGAAAGCAGUUACAGGGCUUACAGAAUCAGCUGCAAGAACAGACCAGCAGGUGUCUCGAGCUGUCCUCAAAAUUGACAGCAGAGGAGGAAGCCAAUCAGGUGCUGGAGGAGAAAGUGGAGGUGCUUCAAAAUGAAAUGAGGCAACAACCGAGCGAGCAGGAAGAGAUCUCUCUGUGGAGGAAGCUCAAGAAGUCCUUCACUCCAGCAUCCCGCCGCAAAUUCAAGCAGCAGAAUAAGCAGAUGCUGGACCAGAUAGAAGGGCAGACACGAUGGAGAUGGGGGCUCAUGAGUUUAGAAACUCAAUGCCAGGAGCCAACAGCAGGGGCCACCAACAGAGCCACAACAGGCAGCAUCCUGCUCAGCCAAAAGCUCAAACUUUCCACCAAAGGAGGGAGGGAGCUUCUUUGCAGCACCAGUGGCCCAAACAGGAUGGACCCCAUCGCCCAUCGCAUCAAGGACCCACCCCAACGGCAGGUGGUUGCAGACCUCAAGAAUGAAGUACAGGGACUGAACUUUCUUAUCAAACAGGAGAAGGAGCUGAACAAACCAGGGUCCGACAGAGAUAUGCUCAGCAAGGACAUCGUCCAGGAGUCGGAGGAAAGAUUGAAGAUAGAGCAUGAUGGGAGACUGGAGAGCAAAAAGGAGAUCAGGAUUCUCAAAGAUGAACUUAAGCACAUGAAUUCCUCAUUUUCAAUACAACAGGACAUGUCAAAUUACUCCACCAAAACCAAGGAGGAGCUCAUAGGUGUUAUUGCAGCACUUAACCAAAAGCUCCAGGACACAGCCUCAAGUGACCCAAAGCUGGACCAAGACCUUAGAGCUGAAAAAGAAGCCUUGGUGAAAAAGCUUAACGACAUGCAGCAAGAAACCUUUAGCAGAGACAUUAAAACUGCUAACCAGACUCGGGCCUUGAAGAACCAGCUGGAGGAAAUGACGAGUAGAUGUCAUAAGCUGUCCUUCAAACUGACUGCAAAGGAGGAGGAAAAUCAGAACCUACAGAAGAAGGUGCAGGACCUCCAGAAGGAAAUGGAAGAAGUCACACAUCAGCAUCUGGAGAUAGUCGCGAGUAAGGUGAUGCUGGUUGACCACCUGACUGAAGAGAAUAAAUCCCUGGAGCAUGAGAUGGAGGCCAUGAAGAAAGAGGUCUUCAAUAAUGAAAUGUUGAAAGCAGAGCAGCUGGAGGUUUGA